AUCAUCACGUGACCACCGCAAGUGACCACCCCACGUGGUCCUAUGGGUCACUAUAGAGGUAUGAAAAUGAACACAGAUCGUUUUAAGGUCCCAGCAGAGGAGUACUUAACAGACACCAGCACUCUUUUCUAUCUGAAUGAUGCUGUGACUCAGCUGCUGGAGCACAGAGAGGAAUUCAUCCAGUUCGGGAUCGUGAGAUAUUUUGCAGAAUACUUCACCAGCGUGAAGAACGGGAACCAUGUUCUCUUCAGAGAAUUCAGCUACACUAAAGGUACAGCACACAACCGAACCUCCUUCAUUCACAUCUUCUGGAAAUGCUUCAGACAGAUUGGAAAAAACAGAGAUUUGCUGACGAUGACGGAGUACACGUCACUUCUCCAGCUCUUAUGCCCAGACUUUCCUGCUGAAACGGUGCAGAACACGGCCAAGAUUGUCCUGAUGGAGGACGCUAUGGACUGCCCCAUGUCUCUCUCUGAUUUUAUCUACGCUUUCCAAAUCCAGUUUUACUAUGAAGAGUUCCUAGAGAGUGUGUUGGUGAUUUAUGAGGACUUGCUUGAGGGAAAGAACCCGAACACCGUCAUCGUCCCGACCUCGACGUCAGCCGAAACGAUAUCCAGCGAGGAGACGGACACGCAGGAGGGCGUGGACUCCUCCGUCCUGCUCGAGUGUAUCGAGGGACUGUGUGAACGCUUUAAGCACAAACAUCCCCCUCUCUCUGCCAUUAAGGAGGUUCUGGAGAGCAGCACGCGAGUCUCUUACUAUAGCUUCCUGAUGGCUUUGUCCAAACAUGAGGGAAUCGAUCAGGAAAUCGGUGCUCUUCCGAACAGAUCAGACCUGCUCAUCGACCCUGAGAUGGAUCAGGAGUUAGAGAGGCUUGUAGCUCAGGUGGCUAUCAGUCCGACAUCGAACAGCAGCGGCAGUGCACAAGGGCUGAAGGAUCCGUGCAGGAAACCAUCGCCGCGUAAAUCCCUACAGCAGCGCAAGAGGAUCGAGAUGGAGAGCGACGGCUCCACCGAGGAAACCGACUCCUCUGAGAAUUAAGACGCCUUCGAAUUGCCUUCGCUUUAUGUAGGGAUAGGGAUAGAUAUAUAGUAUUUUAAAUUAAGUUAAUCUUUUUUAAAUUAAUUUAAAACUUUAAUUGUGUAUAUUCACUUAUUUAUUUUUAUUCUUAUUUUUUCUUCUUGUUAUUAUUAAUAUAUACUUAUUAAUUUUUCUCUCGCUCUUCUGUUUCCAUACUUCCGUAAAGCUGCUUUGAGACAACGGGAAAUUUGUUAAAAGCGAUAUACAAAUAAAUUGAACUGAAUUGAUUUGAAUGAUCUAAAUACCAAAACCUCUGAUUGUUAGCACCGCAUCCGACUUUGCCAAAUCAUUCAUCAGAAACGUCUCUGAAAAUGAAGCAGAUAUGAAAUCACAACCGGAAUCAACACUACAUUCUGUAUGGAAUCAUGUGGCGAGUGCAUAACAGUGCAUAACAGUGCAUAACAGUGUUGUGUGCUCUGUUUUAACAUAAUUAUUGUACAUUUUCUGUAUACAGCUAGAAAUACAAAAUGUGUCCUUGAGUUGUAUUUUCUUUCACUCAUUUUCUACCGCUUAUCCGAACUUCUCGGGUCUCGGGCGUCUUUGGGCAUCAAGGCAGGAUACACCCUGGACGAAGUGCCAACCCAUCGCAGGGC